AUGACUUCAAACUCCAUAAAACUUCUCACGGGAAACUCUCAUCCCGAACUCGCGAAGAUGGUCGCCGAUAGACUCGGGGUUGAUCUCCUCGACAUGUCGGUCUUCAAAUACUCCAACCAGGAGACCUCCGUCGUCAUGCGCGAAUCAGUCCGCGACGAAGAUGUCUUCAUCAUUCAGACCACAAAGCCUGGUGAAGAACUCAAUGACGGUUUAAUGGAGCUUCUCAUCAUAAUCAAAGCUUGUAAAACCGCAUCGGCCCGUCGCAUUACAGCCGUUAUGCCCAAUUUCCCCUAUGCAAGACAGGAUAAGAAGGAUAAGUCAAGAGCGCCGAUUAGUGCGAAGCUUGUGGCCAAUAUGCUACAAAGGGCAGGUUGUGAUCAUGUCAUUACAAUGGACUUGCACGCAAGUCAAAUUCAAGGAUUUUUUGAUGUUCCGGUUGAUAACCUCUACGCGGAACCUGCGACUCUCCGUUACAUCCGUGAAAACUUCGACUACAAGAAUGCCGUCAUCGUCUCCCCCGAUGCCGGUGGUGCCAAACGUGCGACAGCGCUUGCUGACCGCCUCGACCUGAAUUUUGCGCUCAUCCACAAGGAGCGUUCCAGGCCGAAUGAAGUCAGCCGAAUGACACUAGUUGGUGAUGUUGACAAGAAAAUUGCCAUUCUAGUCGACGAUAUGGCCGAUACCUGUGGAACUCUUGUCAAAGCGGCGGACGUACUGGUUGCAAACGGCGCGAAGGAGGUUGUCGCAAUCGUUACGCACGGAAUUCUGUCGGGAAGUGCAUGCGCAAAGAUCAACGCCAGUAGGCUGAGCAAGGUGGUGGUUACGAACACUGUACCACAUGCGGAGAAGAAGAAGUCGUGCCCUAAGUUGGACACCAUCGACAUCGCACCUACUCUCGCGGAAGCUUGCAGGAGAACCCACAACGGCGAAAGUGUAUCCUUCCUUUUCCAUCACGCUCCAGUCUAG